AUGUCUUCUGAAUGGAUUACAACUACAGCUCUGCAUUACUAUGAUCUGUACAUCUACCUCAAGAUGAUUCUGACAAAUAAUAUCACCUCUAUCUUCCUUUUGGGAUUUCCAAACCUUCAAAACUUAACAUUUCUGUUCUUGUCACUGCUGGUUAUUAUAUUCUGUGGGACCAUUUCGGGAAACCUUCUCAUUAUGGUUUUGUACAUAUUGAUUCAAUCUCUUCAGUCCCCCAUGUACUUCUUCAUUACACAGCUAUCAAUAUGUGACCUCCUGGUGACUAUAGACAUUGUCCCCGUCCUUCUUCACACUGUACUGUAUGGAGGCAGUACUAUGACGCUCAUCGGCUGCAUCACCCAGUAUUCUGUCUUUGCUAUCACUGAGUCCUCGGAAUGUCUUCUUCUGUCACUGAUGUCUUAUGAUCGUUAUCAGGCCAUCUGUAACCCUCUUCAGUAUCACUUAAUCAUGAAUUACAAAUUUUGUGUAACAUCAGUAAUUUUGAGUUGGUUGGUUGGUUUUAUUGUAAUGUUGAUCAAUAUUAUUUCUGUGUAUAGUUUACCUUUCUGUGGUCGACAAAUUAUUGAUCAUUUCUACUGUGACACUGAACCACUAAUGAAGCUCUCCUGUUCUGAUAUCUCCAUAAUUCACAAACUGAUAAUGGGAUUUUUAGUUAUAAUUGUACCUUUAAUAAUAAUUGUGAUGUCCUAUGUGUACAUUGCCAUCACCAUUCUGAAGAUCCCAUCCAAUACUGGAAGACAUAAAGCCUUCUCCACCUGUAGCUCCCAUCUCAUUGUGGUUUCCUUAUUUUAUGGGACAUUAAUGAUUGUUUAUAUGUUUCCAAAAAAAGGACAAUCACUGACCCUGAGUAAGGUCUUGUCUCUAAGUUUUACGGUGGUGACCCCACUGCUUAAUCCUAUCAUCUACACUAUGAGGAACAAGGAUUUCAAAAAAGCUUUUCAUAAACUUCAAGGAGUUAUCUGGCCUAGGCGCUAA